GUCCUGCGCGCCGGCUAUGUGGCUGGGAGCCGGAGCGGUAGCGGAGCUCGCUGCAGACAGGAGCGCUCGCGGAGCGGUCGCUCCGAGCGUCCCGUGCCCCGCACGCCAGCACCCGGCGCGGCCCGCAGCGAGCAUGGGCGCGGCGGCCGUGCGCUGGCACUUGUACCUACUGCUCGCUCUGGGAGCGCGCGGGCGGCUGGUGGGGGGCAGCGGGCUGCCAGGAGCCGUGGACGUGGAUGAAUGCUCAGAGGGCACAGACGACUGCCACAUAGAUGCCAUCUGCCAGAACACACCCAAGUCUUACAAAUGUCUCUGCAAGCCCGGCUAUAAGGGGGAAGGAAGGCAGUGUGAAGACAUUGACGAGUGUGAGAAUGACUACUACAACGGGGGCUGUGUCCAUGACUGCAUCAACAUCCCUGGGAACUACAGGUGCACCUGCUUUGAUGGCUUCAUGCUGGCCCAUGAUGGACACAACUGCCUGGAUGUAGAUGAGUGUCAAGACAACAACGGCGGCUGCCAGCAGAUCUGCGUCAAUGCCAUGGGCAGCUAUGAAUGCCAGUGCCACAGCGGCUUUUUUCUCAGUGACAACCAACACACCUGCAUACACCGCUCCAAUGAGGGUAUGAACUGCAUGAACAAAGACCAUGGCUGUGCCCACAUCUGCCGGGAGACGCCCAAAGGUGGGGUAGCCUGUGACUGCAGGCCCGGCUUUGACCUUGCCCAAAACCAGAAGGACUGCACACUAACCUGUAACUAUGGAAACGGAGGCUGUCAGCACAGCUGCGAGGACACGGACACGGGCCCCAUGUGUGGCUGCCACCAGAAGUACGCCUUACAUGCAGAUGGUCGGACGUGCAUCGAGAAGGAUGAGGCUGCAAUUGAGCGCUCUCAGUUCAAUGCCACGUCAGUAGCUGAUGUGGACAAGCGGGUGAAACGGCGGCUCCUCAUGGAGACAUGUGCAGUGAACAACGGAGGCUGUGACCGGACGUGUAAGGACACUGCCACUGGCGUGCGGUGCAGCUGCCCGGUUGGAUUCACGCUGCAGCCAGAUGGAAAGACAUGCAAAGACAUCAACGAGUGCUUGAUGAAUAACGGAGGCUGCGACCACUUCUGCCGAAACACCGUGGGCAGCUUUGAAUGCGGCUGCCAAAAGGGCCACAAGCUACUGACGGACGAGCGGACAUGCCAAGACAUUGACGAGUGUUCCUUUGAGCGGACCUGUGACCACAUCUGCAUCAACUCCCCCGGCAGUUUCCAGUGCCUGUGCCGCCGAGGCUACACACUCUACGGGACAACCCACUGCGGAGACGUGGAUGAAUGUAGCAUGAACAACGGCAGCUGUGAGCAGGGCUGUGUCAACACCAAGGGCAGCUACGAGUGUGUGUGCCCACCAGGGAGGAGGCUGCACUGGAAUCAGAAGGACUGUGUGGAGAUGAACGGGUGCCUGUCUCGGUCCAAGGCCUCUGCCCAGGCCCAGCUGUCCUGUGGCAAGGUGGGUGGAGUGGAAAACUGCUUCCUGUCCUGCCUGGGCCACAGUCUCUUCAUGCCAGAUUCAGAAAGCAGCUACAUCCUGAGCUGUGGUGUUCCAGGUCUCCAGGGCAAGACACUGCCAAAACGCAAUGGCACUAGCUCCAGUACAGGGCCCGGCUGCUCAGAUGCCCCCACCACCCCUAUCAGACAGAAGGCCCGCUUCAAGAUCAGAGAUGCCAAGUGCCAUCUCCAGCCCCGCAGCCAGGAGCGAGCCAAGGAUACCCUGAGGCAUCCCCUUUUAGACAACUGCCACGUGACUUUUGUGACCCUCAAGUGUGACUCCUCCAAGAAGAGGCGCCGAGGCCGCAAGUCCCCAUCCAAGGAGGUGUCCCACAUCACAGCAGAGUUUGAGGUGGAGAUGAAGGUGGAUGAGGCCUCAGGCACCUGCGAAGCAGACUGCAUGCGGAAGCGUGCCGAGCAGAGCCUGCAAGCCGCCAUCAAGAUUCUGCGCAAGUCCAUUGGUCGGAACCAGUUCUAUGUCCAGGUCUUGGGCACUGAGUACGAGGUGGCCCAGCGGCCAGCCAAAGCACUGGAGGGAACCGGGACUUGCGGCAUAGGCCAAAUACUACAGGACGGCAAGUGUGUACCGUGUGCUCCUGGCACCUACUUCAGUGGUGACCCAGGCCAGUGUAUGCCAUGCGUGUCGGGAACCUACCAGGACAUGGAAGGCCAGCUCAGCUGCACGCCAUGCCCCAGCAGCGAAGGACUGGGUCUGGCUGGUGCCCGAAACGUAUCCGAAUGUGGAGGCCAGUGCUCUCCAGGCUACUUCUCAGCGGAUGGGUUCAAGCCUUGCCAGGCCUGCCCUGUGGGCACAUACCAGCCCGAGCCUGGGCGAACCGGCUGCUUCCCCUGUGGAGGCGGGCUGCUCACCAAACACACGGGUACCGCCUCUUUCCAGGACUGCGAGGCCAAAGUGCAUUGCUCUCCCGGACACCACUACAAUACCACCACCCACCGGUGUAUCCGCUGUCCCGUGGGCACCUAUCAGCCCGAGUUUGGCCAGAACCAUUGCAUCUCCUGUCCGGGCAACACCAGCACCGAUUUUGAUGGUUCCACCAACGUCACACACUGCAAGAACCAGCACUGCGGCGGCGAACUUGGUGACUACACAGGCUACAUCGAGUCCCCCAACUACCCUGGCGACUACCCAGCCAAUGCAGAGUGUGUGUGGCACAUCGCACCUCCCCCAAAGCGCAGGAUCCUAAUCGUAGUCCCGGAGAUCUUCCUACCCAUCGAGGACGAGUGUGGUGAUGUCCUGGUCAUGAGAAAGAGUGCCUCGCCCACGUCAGUCACCACCUAUGAGACGUGCCAGACCUAUGAGCGGCCCAUCGCCUUUACCUCCCGUUCCCGCAAACUCUGGAUCCAGUUCAAAUCCAACGAAGCCAACAGUGGCAAAGGGUUUCAAGUGCCCUAUGUCACCUAUGAUGAGGACUACCAGCAGCUAAUAGAAGACAUCGUGCGUGAUGGGCGCUUAUAUGCCUCGGAGAACCAUCAGGAGAUUUUGAAAGACAAGAAGCUGAUCAAGGCCCUCUUUGACGUGCUGGCACACCCACAAAACUACUUCAAAUACACAGCCCAGGAGUCCAAGGAGAUGUUCCCCCGGUCCUUUAUCAAACUUCUGCGUUCCAAAGUGUCUCGGUUCCUGCGGCCCUACAAAUAACCAGCCAGCUGUCCUGUGUGGGGACAGUGGGAGCCAAGUGGGAGGGGAAUGUGCCUUCCCUUCACAGCAGGAGCCAAAAGGAGGCUCCACGGGCCUCCAGGCUGCCGUGAGAAACCCAUGACACAUGCCUCUGGCAAAGCCAUCCAGCCUGUACUGCCUCCGUGGAAGGCCUAGACCCAGCAGAGACCCCUUGGUGGGUCUGCCAUGCCUGUGGGGAAACACUGCUUCAGAAAGCCUUCACCUACCCUCUGCCUCUAUUUCCCAGGACACCUAGAGGAUUCCCUUCUGAACCACCCCAGUGGGGUCUACCUGGGCCGGGACACACUGUACCCACCAUGUGGGGAGCGGGAGCAGGACUACUGUGCCCUUGGCCUGACGUGUGGGGAGAGAGGAGCAUGGCCAGUUCCCUGCAGGCUCUGGAAAGCAUGGGCCAUUGUCACCCACACGGGGCCAGGCCAGGGCUAGAGGGGUGUGUGGUAGGUCGAUAAGACUGUGCCAGUGCCUGCGGAACCAACACACCCUGCUGCCAGCUCCUCCAGCCACAGGCAUGGGACACUAAGCCGGGUCAUGGAGCUCAAGGGACUCUGUGAGAGAUGGGACAGGUCCUCCAGGAGAGGAGUCCACGUGCUUGUGCUUCGCCUUAAUAGAACAUCUAAAGAAGUUCUAUAUCUAUAUAUAUAUAUAAAUAUUAAAUAUAUACAUUUCUCUAUGUGGGCGGGUAUUUUAGAAGGGUUCUCUUCAGCAACUGUAAUACUAACCAGUGUUGCCAACCCCUCCCCACCCCCUACCCUCUACCCCUGUGAUUAAACUGCUCCUCUCAGCGCUUGACACCUCUGUGUGAGGGAGACCAACCUUCGCACCCAUCCGCCCCCGCAGGCCUGGGGAGAACACAGAUAUGCUUGCACAGGCUGUGGAGUGUGACUUGUUGGAGACUGGACUAGGUGUUGUGUGGAAGUAUUGACAAGGGUGGGGGUGGGGUGGGGGCUUCACAAGCAACAUCACUCCCCUCAACAGAACGCAAUGGAAAGAAAGCAUCCCCCCACCCCCUCUGGGUUCGAGCGUUCACCGUCUCCGCACUGUGCCUGCGGGUCACCAGAGACAAGGCCUUCCUCAGGGACGUACAGGCUGUCUGCUGAGCAGCCCCCACUCUUCUUUAUGGCAACAGGAGGAGAAAGCAAGGCCCAGGAGAGGAGGCCUCCAAGGCAGAAGCUAUUGGGAGCCUCCCUGAUGCUCCUCAGCCUCUUAGAGAGGAGCCCUUGUAUGGCCAGGUCACACGGCAUCCCAGUGGCCGGGGAGUCACCCCCUCACGCAGAGACCUUGCCUGUGCCUCAGAUGGCUUGCUGCCAGCUGUCAGAUACACAUAGAAGCUUAUAUCUCUCAAAUUAAUGGAUAUUAGCACUUGGAGGAAUGUAGGGGGAUCUCGGAAUGAACUCCUGGGGUUCCUGGUCUCCAGCCCAGCCUGAUGGUGUAAAUGUACUGUUUCAGAAAACACAUGAGGCUCACCGAAGGCUGAAGAUGUGUGAGCCGGCAAGCCAGGCCUGGUGCCACAGCUUGAUGAGAGGGCACCACACAUCUGAACACAGGCUUGGAACUCAGGGAGAAGCUAUGGCUACCACAUGGGUCCACAAGGCAGAAGGGAUCACCGGUGGCAGUCACUCGCGUUUUGUGGAGUGUGGCAGGUGGACUUGCUGUGUCUGAUGGAAGGUCAGGGUCAGGAUCUACUGCCUCUGCAGUUCACAAGCCCUGCAGCCUGGCUGUACCCGGGAGAAGCUCUCUUCCCCUUCCGUUGGACCACAGGGCAUCCUCGGUCCUGCAGAACGACCCCAGCAACACUCACUGUCUCCAGGAAAACAAAGCAAACAAGGAUACCUAUGGAGACACGCUAAGAAGGAAUUACGCGAAUCGGCUCAAAAGUUAUGGUGGCCAAGAAGUGAUACAGGGUGUCAUAUGCAAAUUAGCAAACAGGAAAGGCGGCAAUAUUCAAACCAGAGACCCUGGGCAUCGGUGUAGCCAGUCUGAAGGCCUGAGCCAGGAGCGCUGUGUGGGUUGCCUGUCUCAGGUCGUUGUCAUUUGCCCUCCCUCCAAUUUUGCUUCCCACCCCCACCACUCUACUGAAAGAAGAGAGCAACAGAGGUGAGGACCUGCUCUUCUCUAGUUCCAGAUCCUGAUGCUAAUUAAUCUCCUCCAGGACACCACAGUCCUUGCCCUACCACACCACAAGUAUUUGGGGGCUCAGCCCUGCCCGGUUAAGUUGACAUAUCAAGUUAACCCACUGAAGGGCUUCAGGUUUCAUUUUUUAAUCUUCUCAAAAACCAGAAAAAAAAAAUCAGAAAAGUGUUCUCAGGUUCACCUUACGUCCUGCCUACAACUCCCGAGUGGCUUUUGGUAGUAACUACCCUGUGUACCCAUUAACAAAGCCAACUAUGUCCUCUCUCCAGAAUGCCCACCCCUACUGUGGCCACAUCAUGCCCAGUGUCCCCCCAGGUAGGAGCAGAUACAGUGCAGACCAGGCCCCUCAGUCCUCAUGGUCAAGUCCUUUUGUUGCUCUCAUCCCCUCCCCCUGCCCCACCAUGUGCCCCUGGCUGCCCUUAUCCGCCCAAACCAAAGGCUGAGAGGGGGAGGCCUGUGUCCUUCCAGCUUCAUUGCACAUGGUCCCCCUCCUGCAACCAGGCUACCUGAAGACCUUUAUGGAGGUGAAAGGGAAACUAAAUUGUUCCCUGGAUUCCAGGAGAUGGUCGGCACAGAUGGUCGUCACGUGGGACCUGGAAUUGGAGACACUGCAGCGAGCAGCUAGAAAGCCUCUUGUGUUCCUGGCACCUCCUGGCACUUAUCUUGGGAAUGCCUGCAUGAGGAAGGAGAACGACCUGCCCUGAGGGUCAGUGCUCAGCCCAGCCCUCCACUGUUGGUGGCAACCGUGGGACACCUCAUUCCCUACCCCAAACGGGCCUUUUAAUUGUCCUGGUCACUUGUACUGGUUACAGAGCCUCUCAGCGAUGGCUACACCACCCUUCUCACCCUGCCUCCAUCCCCAAAUCUCAAGCAACACAAUCAGCGGGUACUACCUGUGGCCCCCAACUCCUGUCACACUGGCUAUUGGUGGUGACUACUUUCUCAAGCCCUGGCUCCCCCAAGACAGUCUUUCCUAACUGCCUCCCUACUUGGAGUAGUCACAUACUCAAGUGCACACCACAGCCCGAGGUGGAGACCUGGGCCACACCCUUCCCCUCCUGACAUCUUUAGUUUGGAGCACACAGAGGAAAUAGAACCUAAACACAUGCCCAGAAGUCCUGGUUCAAAAGCUUUACUAUGGAGCCUGCAUAUGAAGCCACCUCUGGCUUCUACAGAAGGAGGCCCUGGCUGCUCCAGCUUGGGUGGAGCCUACUGAAAUGUGGAAACUGUGUAUCUUAUAGAGCCUCCUCUCGUCCUACUCAUCCCUCAGCAGAAAAAUGUGGGCCUAAAAUGAGUUGUGUCACUCAGCAAACAUUUCCUGAGUACCUACUAUAUACCAAACUUAUAGAAAGACUAACUAGGGAACAACAAGGCCACAAACAAGCCACCUGGCACAGCAGCCUUCUACUCAUCCACUGCAUGACCCGGAGGCUAGGAGAGCCUGGGCUUCCUCCUUGCGGUGGGGCCAGCCUGCAAAGGGCCACUGACCUGGCAAGCAUUUACUUCUACUUCACCAAAGAUGCCCAGAGUGAUGGGUCAGCCCUUCUGCUCAAGCAGGCCGUGCCUGGCUGGUGCCAUUCAGACCGAGGCCGAAGGACUUGUGAACAAAAGCACAGAGAUGGCUCAGUGGUUAGGAGCACUGACUCCUUUUCCGUAGGUCCUGAGUUCAAAUCCCAGUAACCACAUGGUGGCUGACAACCACCCGUAAUGAGAUCUGAUGCCCUCUUCUGUUGCUGUCUGAAGACAGCUACAGUAUACUUACAUGUAAUAAAUAAAUAAAUAAAUAAAUAAAUAAAUAAAUAAAUAAAUCUUUAGGAAAAAAUCUGCAAGGUACCAGAUGGAGGAUUCGGGGUCAAGGUGAUGUGGCUGGCAUAGCCUGUGCUCUCCCCCAGCACCUUAUUUAGACAGCCCCCCAACAGUAGUAGGCCCUCUGCUGGCUGCAGCCUCCCCAGCCUGCACCCAGACAUGCCAGUGCACAGGGCUUGGUUGGAAGCUCUGAGAGACCAAAUAACAUGCCCAAAAUGAAGAGUGAGGAGCUGGAGUAGUUAGGGUUGACUUUGGUGGCAGCCCACCUUUCCUAACACACAUUCAGAGAAAGGAUAGACUUGGCAUCUCUUGGGUAGGAGUCAGGGCCCAUCCAGACCAGUCACCAUCCAGCCAUGCACUGUCAUCAUCACCCAUAAUGCCUGCAAAGGCCUAGCGGUCCUCAGCCCUGCACAUGAGAGAGGCACAGAGUCUGUCAGCACAAACAGGAAGCAGCUGGGCUUUUAAGCAGAUCUGUCAGAAACCACAAGCUAUGCCAAGGUCAGAGCCACGGGCAUCUAGAAGGCAUCCACUCUGCUCAAGAGACGGAUGCACUCCUGCGCCCCGGUCUUCGGCCUGGACCCCACACGUUCAUAGUCUGUCCAGACACUGGGUGGCGGUCCUAAUGCACAGUGACCAAUAUCCACAUAACCUCAUUUGCCUUCCAGAUGUUCAGAUAGUCAAAGCUUCUCUCUACCUUGUUUUCCCUCAAUGCAUGUAAUUAAACACUUGUGGAAAUCGCUUUAACAAUAAACAGGAAAUGAGCCUAA